AUGCCGAAGCAGUAUGACAUUCCAGGCCCAAAUCCCUGUAACAACUUCCUUAAAGCUCCUGACCGAAAGCCUCAAAGAUCAACUGCUCCAGCCAGCAGAAAAGCUUCUGCCUGGUUUGACAGAGCUCUGUGUCAAAUGGCAGAGCUGGGGUUCGAUACUGAGAUCAGCCCUAGUGAACCUGCUCCACUGAAACGCUGCUUAUUUGACCUCGGUUCUUGCUGCCUACCACAGAAAGGAUCCCUGCAACUGCUCACAGCUGCUUUUAGGAUCGGAGACUUUGGUGUUGUGUUUAAGAGGCUUCCAAACACAGGGGCCUCACGCACCAUGCCUUCUCUUCCUUCUCCACCAAGUACUCCGGCACAUGCACCCGGAGUUCAGGCGAAGGUGAAGCAGGGAGCUGUUAUUGCUGCUACUGCGUCUAAUGAGUGGAAAGUCACUAGCCGAGCAUCAUCUGUUAUCACUGCAACCUGGGUUUUCCAGGGCCUUUGGAUGAACUGUGCAGGCAACGCACUGGGCGUUUUUCACUGCAGACCUCACCUAACUCUCUUCAAAGUAGAGGGUUACAUCCAAGCCUGCAGAGGACUGAUGAUCUCUGCCGUCUGCCUGGGCUUCUUCGGUGCUGUGUUUGGACUGGUUGGGAUGAAGUGUACCAAAGUCGGAGGCUCCGAUCAGACUAAAGCAAGAAUAGCUUGUUUAGCUGGACUGAUUUUCAUACUUUCUGGGUUGUGCUCUAUGACCAGUUGUUCCCUGUAUGCGAACAAGAUUACAUCCGAGUUCUUUGAUCCUACUUUUGUUGCACAAAAGUAUGAAUUAGGAGCAGCUUUGUUCAUUGGCUGGGCUGGAGCUUCACUCUGCAUCAUUGGUGGCAGUAUAUUCUGCUUCUCAAUAGCUGAAAACAGCAAUACUCCAAGGAUGGGGUACGCAUAUAAUGGAGCCGCAUCUGUGAUGUCUUCUCGUAUGAAGGUCCACAACACUGUUGCGGACAAAACCCCACCGAAGCACUUUGACAAGAAUGCUUACGUUUAAUUGUACUGUUCCAAGAUCCAAAGCCAGUUACAAAAAUCAGUUUGUAUGUGUCAUUCAGAGAGUGAUUUCCCCUCCCAAAACCCAAUGUAGUUACCACUAAGAUGAUGAAUUUUUAAAAUAUGAACUUGCAGCUUUUUACAUAUUGAUGUAAAUUUUGUUAUACGAUAUUUUAUGAUUGAUGUUGGUAUUGUAAAGUUUGUACCGGCAAAUCAUGUGCUUGUGUUGCUUUCUAGAAAAAAUAAAUAGGAUAUUUACAGAUGUGGUAUGUCAAUUUUGCUUGUCAGAAUGCCAUCAGACACGUCUUUACUGUAGUGCAUCCUUACAACUGAUUCUGAAAUGUACUGGACAAAACCACCAUAUUCUCUGUAGGUUUAUAUGUAAAAUGUCUCACAACUUAAAAGCUGUGACGUUAGAAUUUGAUUUUCAGAGUGCAUUGUAACUCUGGUGCCAGGCAAUGACGGCCAAGAAGAAUCAGCAGACUCUUACCACCUUACCAAUCGUGCUGCCAGGAACGGAAGAAAGGCCUAAGUUAGUCAGUUCAGUGCCGUAGGAAGAAGAGGAGGAAGAGGCUGGGGAAGGUAGAAAGAAGCAUGGAAUCUGGAGAGCCAGGAGCCACACAGAACAGCCCCAAGCGGCUGGGUUAAGCAACAGAAGGGAAAAACCCUGGGCAAUACCAGCUGGCCUGCUCUGCGAAUGACAUUCCUGAAGGGCUGACCAAGUAAAAGCAUGCAGUACGUAACAGCACCUUUUUUAGAUAGUCUUCACUUAGUUACAACAGUUCAAAAAUUCAGGUAGUACUUUUUCAUUGUCUGUCUAUAGAUAUGUGAUGGCUUUUGAGCAAAUAUUUGUACAAUGAUUCAAUAAACAAGAUCAGAGAUUAUGAAUAACCACAAAAUACUUUCUAGCCUGAGACCCUAUAAUUAGCCACAAAAUCAGGUCUGUCUUGACAUUUGAAGAGCCGGACCCUUGGAGUAUUGUUAAAUCAGUUAUUUUGGGACAAAGGCAUAAAUAUGAACAAUGAUUAGCCCUCUUUUUUUAUGGCACAGUAUGACAGAAGGGCUUUAUAUCUGAAACUAUCUAAAAUAUAUAAGAACUACAAAACCAUUCAAGCUUUUCAU